AUGCAUGAGCUGCUGCUGUUCGGCCUGGUGCCCCGCGCGCGUCAUGAGCAGGUCCUGAAAAUCCUCGCCGGCGUCGCCGCCAUGCAGCCGCAGCGCGUCCUGGAGCGCCAUGUUGUCUACAAGCCGCAGCGCGAGCCCGACGAGCCCGGCUCCAACAUCCGGCGCGGUGCCAGCCAGGGCAUUGUGCAGAAGCAGGCCAAGCAGACCGCCGCGAGGGACCUCUACUUCACACACAUGGUGCAGACGCUGACCGAGGACGACUUUAAAGAGCAGAAGUCACAAGCGCCGUGGACGCACCAGUUCAACGACGUCCCCGAUACGGGCGACAGAGGCGUCACCGUUCGCAUGGUUUCGGGCACUGACUUUGUGGAAGGGGACCCUCACGCGUACAUGGCUGCCUUUGGGAACAACUUUGUUUCCGAGCACUACAUGGACGGCCACCGAUACGUCCACAAGAACAUUCUCAUUCUACUCCACCAGGUCCUCACUGAACCGGGCCCGCGAUCUGCAGAGCAAUCCCCGAAACCCUCCUUGCCGACGUUUGACUCCCUCACACCUCUGGAUCCAAGCGGGACCUACAUACUGCAAGCCUCGAUUCGGGUAGUCGAUAAUGGCAGUCCAGCGCUGAUCGAUCUCGGUGUGGAGGAACUAAAGGCCUUCAAGAACCUUAUGAAGGGCUGUGUAGAGUUGGACGCCCCUGAUCGUCUGGUUCUGGACACCCGAGUCAAGUACCAAGCGAGGCCUUUUGCGAACUUGCAACCACCUGCCGCAGCUGCGUAG